CAAACAAGUCAAACACCUGAGUUCUCGCUGAUCAGUUGCAGAAAUGUAAGACGUUUUUCGCGAUAGUCCUCAGUCUCACCGAGAACUUCUUUAAGUUCAGCCGAGGAAAGCGAUGGAACCAGAGUGCGUUACCCCGAGCAAAGAGAACUGUUCAGUGGUCAACAAGGUUCAUUCGAAACGUGCUCAGUGGUAUAGUCCGUGUAAGAGCUCUCCAAAAAUACCCUUGACGCCGGAGUCUGAUCUGCCGACACUUAAACUAACACACUUUGCAAAGAUUCCGAAGAUAUCUUUUGGAACUGUGGUCGUUGGAAACAGUAAAACAGAGCAGUUUGUCGUCUUUAACCCCCAUCCAUUAAUCCAAACACUGGAGAUUGAGAAAUGCCCGACAGAUCAAGGCUUUACCUUGAAAGUUAACGGAAACAAGGAGAACGAAGAUUUUAAGAAUAACUGUGUCACAGUUCCGCCUAAGAAUGAGCUGUUUCUCUCAGUCACAUGGGAGCCAAAAGAAGCCCGGAACUAUCGCGAAAUUAUUCGAUUUAGGUCGGACAAUUCUCCCCAGCUUCAAGUAAUAGUGUUUGGAAUGGCUACGGCACCAACUAAAAAGAAAUCAACAGCAAAACGAAGCUCAAAGUCCCAGACAAACAAGGUAUGAUGACUGUGUUCGAGUGCAUGUACUUUGUGUAUCUAUCGAUGAUGAUGUACAAGGCAACAGCAAUCACUACCCGCUCUUCUUAAAAUAAUAAUUCUAAAAGAGUUGUCGUAUAAUUCUAUAGCUACCCAAACUUGUAACCCUCUGAUAGGUACCCUGAUCUUUUCUUUAAUUUUAUGAAUUAAAUAAGGAGUAAAUUCUCAAUCCUCGUACCUUUUCUCUCUCUAAUAAUUAUCACAUACCCAGUAGGCUUUAAAAUCAACAGUAGUGUUACACAAGAAUGCAUUUUUUAAGCCAUAAUUUGGCGAUUCAAAAUAGAAAUAAAUUUAAAAGUGCGAUCAAGGGCCAAUCGGCCCUUUUAUGCACCGUGUUCUUAACUUUUAAUUUGUCAAAUUUAUAGAAUUUUAUAAUACAGUCAAACCUCUUUAAUAUGGACAGCAAAGGAACAGAACCAACUGUCUGCUUUACAGAGGUGUCCAUAUUAUAGAGGUAAGGAAUGUAUGAUUUUUGGAUUUCUGGGACCAAAUGAACUGUCCGUAGUUGAGAGGUGUCCGUAUUAUAGAGGUGUCCGUAAAGAGAGGUUAGACUAAUUAAGUUGAUAAAUUUUUUGAAAUAAUUAUAAUUGUCUAUCCUUUCAUUGUUCCAUUCUAGAAAAUGCCCCGACCUAUUCUUCAGCCUAGUCAAGUGCUCAAUUUUUGCAGCUAUCAAACUGAUGAAGCAACUGGCUUUUCAAAUAGUCCAGCAAACAAGCAAGCUAUAAAGAGUUCAAAUGGAGCAGAUCAGUCUGAGGAGAAUUUGCGGCGUGAUACUUAUUGUGUCAAAAGUGCAAAACUUCAAGCAAGUUCUAAACUCAAGGUUAAAUCAACACCUCCUACCCAUCCCAGGUCUGCUGCAACACCAACAUGCAAGCAAUCUGCUGUGAAAACGAAAAAAGUUAUUGUUUCAAAGAAGAAACUCUCUCCAACAUCAGGUAACUUUUGUUACCAGUCUAAAAAUUCUUACUGAUGAAAUGCAUAUAAUAUACAUGAUGUAUACUAACGGGGAUGCCAAACAAUAAGAUGUCUGGGUAUGCUAACUUUACUCCUCAGGAGUUUCCAUAAAAGGUAGUCACCGGUUAUGGGCUCUUACAUUUACUAACAUCUGUGAAGAGAUUAUUUAUAUUAAUUAUGUUAUUAACAUUUUAUUGUCAUGGCUACUAAUUCCGAUCCAAUGCUCUGAAGUUUGUACAUGAAAAUUUUGACAUUUCAAUUGGGCCUUACAUACAAGUCAAACCACGCCAUCACCCAUAUUAUAAAUUUUGUAAACUUUUUUGUAUUUAUUUAGGAACUCUAAAGAAGAAGCCAAAACCCAAAAUAAAGUUGACAGUUUCAGCUAAAGGUGUCCCUCAAAGAAAGCUACAGCUUGUCAAAACUCCCAGAAGCAAUCUUCCUCGUCAUCCAAUGCCAUUUGCUGCUAAAAACAUGUACUAUGAUGAGAGGUGGAUUGAGAAACAAGAAGAAGGUAAUAUGUACUACCUCAUUCCUAGAGGUCUCCCUUACCAUGUUAAACAUUUGUGCUUGCCUCUGUUCGUGACCAUUGUGCCAAGUGGCUUAUGUCAGGAGACAAAAUGUAAACAGUCCAUUAUGAAAUCUAUAUUGGAGCAAAAUAUGUUUUUUUUACCAUAACAACCAUAACAACAGAUAAAGGAAGCUGAUGUUUUCAAAAGUUUUAUGGAGAUUCAAUAAUUUAUUCCAAACCCCCUCAAAUAAGUGUUUCUUUUUCUCUUCUUAAAUUUGUAAUCAGUUUUAGAAUAAUAACUAACCCUAAUCUAUUUGUUAAAUAAUUUAAUAUUAAGAAGGUAAUAUGUACUACCUCAUUCCUAGAGGUCUCCCUUACCAUGUUAAACAUUUGUGCUUGCCUCUGUUCGUGACCAUUGUGCCAAGUGGCUUAUGUCAGGAGACAAAAUGUAAACAGUCCAUUAUGAAAUCUAUAUUGGAGCAAAAUAUGUUUUUUUUCUACCAUAACAACCAUAACAACAGAUAAAGGAAGCUGAUGUUUUCAAAAGUUUUAUGGAGAUUCAAUAAUUUAUUCCAAACCCCCUCAAAUAAGUGUUUCUUUUUCUCUUCGUAAAUUUGUAAUCAGUUUUAGAAUAAUAACUAACCCUAAUCUAUUUGUUAAAUAAUUUAAUAACUGCUUCUGCUUUUCUUGUAGGAUUUACUAAGUGGCUCAACUUUGUUUUGACUCCCCCUGAUGUAUCUGAUUCUGGCCUACAAGUUGACAUCCACAAAGGUAAAGAAUGUUUCACAAAACUUAAUUGAACUUACUCUUGCUAGAGAUAUCAAAUUCACUGUGGAGCAGAGAACAGUUGCAUUUAGAGAACAGUUUCAUUAAUUCUACAGGCAUGUCACUAAGAUUUCAAGUUGCCAGAUAAAUACAACAAGUAGGCAGGGAAUCAAAGAGCUAUAUAAGGGAUUUCCUUUGGUUCCUUUGAAAGUAGCCGCGGACCACAUUCAUAGUAUCUGGGGGAAGUCCCAUGGCCCCCUCCUCUUGAUGACAGCCCUGUUCUACCAGUAACCAUGUAUGUAGUUAACCAUCAACUAGCAUGUACACAUACUUACUAUUUUAUUGAUAGCAAAUAUAAAAAACUUUGAGCAUUAAUUAACCCUAGUACAGUUAGUGCAAUAAAAAUAAAACAUUGUAAUCAAUAUUUUUUUUUCAGGAAAUGUUGCACUUGGGGGAUCCAAAUCCCAACCUUUGGCCCCCACAAAAGAGGUCCUGUCUUUUAGGCUCUACACUGCUAGACGUAAGAUGGCUCGCUUGAGAAGAAGUGCCUGUUUGCUGUACCAGUCAGAACCCCUGGGACACAUUAUUAGAAAGAUAGAAGCUGAAGUGGAGAAUGGAGGGCUGGCGAUCAGACCUGAUAAAAAACUUCAUGCUGACUUAGGUUGGUUAAUAUAAUAACCCCAAAAAUUUGUUCACAUUUUCUGGUUUUGGGGUUAAUCUUACCAAACCACUCAACCACAAUCAGCAAGUCAUAAAUUACAUCGUAGUUCAUUUGAGCAUAUUAGACAACUGCCUUGCUUAGUGGAGGUGGGUGCCUGAGAUGUCCAGGAGCUUCCACCACCUGCUCACACUGAAUAAUCAGUGGAAUAAAUUAUAAAGGAAGAAAAAUAAAGGGGCAGGAGAGGCUGGUGGGGAGUUACAGUAAAUGUGAGAUCCAAAGGCUAAAUAAAGCCCAGUGGCUGCCAUGAAUUUUUUUCUCCUUGUGUACCUCUGAUUGGUGUUGGGAAUUAAUCAUUUACCUUCUACUAAUCUAAAAGUACAGUCAACCUUUUCCUCAAAGACAGACAAUGUCAGCCAGGGCUGGCUCCAACUAGGUAUCCUAUAGAGAGUGUACUUCCACUGAAAUUACUGAAACACAGCAAGCUAUUAUAAGACCACCUGUAGGUAUCUGGGUCAAAGAGGUGUAUGCCGUUAAGAGAGAGUUGACUGUAAAUGAAUUUUUAUUGAAGGAAUCAAGCGGCAAGUUGUUGAAAUGCUUCUCUCCUAUAACCCGUUAUGGCUGAGGAUUGGACUUGAGGUAAGGUGAUCACAGUGACUGUUACCAUGUUUACUUGUAUAAUUCACACGCUUGCUCAAAGUUGUUAGCAAAUUCUUGCUUUCUUUUUUUACAGACCAUAUAUGGUGAAAUUCUCCCGAUCCAGUCAAACAAUGACAUAGCAGGAUUGACACGUUUCCUGACAGAAAGGUUGCUUGGUAACCCGGACAUUGCCAAUGCAUUUGCUCAUCCCCAGGUCCCUGGAUUAUACCGAGAAGGUAAAUUUAAUUGACAUUAUGUUAUUUGAAAAGUAAUAAGAAGUGUCAAAGAAACUGAGUUCAUCAAAAUUCUUCAAGGCUGUCACUAGGAAUUUAAUUAAGUAAUAAUUAUGCCAGAAAACUGAGAAUCAAACUAGGUUGAGACCCAUUUGAAUGCGAGUUUCAUUUUGACCUACAACAUCUACGUUGCCUUAAAUCCAUCCCCUCUAGAUCUUUAUCCUAUGCUCGUUGUUAUGCCUUUGUAAUCGUAAAUCUUUUUUUCAUCUAUUUCUCGUGUUGUAUUUCUGCAAUCAGGUUACGUUGAACAACUAGGAAAGUUUACCCUCAAGAAGUUUCUCCUGUUGGUGUUAUUUCUGGAUCGUGCAAAAUUAACCCGGCUUAUUGACCAUGACCCAUGUCUCUUCAACAAGGAGGCGUCUUUCAAGGUCUGUUUAUCUGCAGCCGCACUCUGUACAACGUUAAUUCUGUAGUUCUCGAAAGUCCAGGUUCGCAGUAGGAGAGGACCGUGGGAACGAGGUUGAGUCUAGGCUGGACUAUAGGCUGUUAUCGGAUUUAUGGUUGUCAAGAUUUUUGUGUUACUUCUUUUAAAUUUUAUACAGUUGCUUUAGAUUAAUCAUUUUUAUCGGCAUCUUUGUUAGUCACUUUGAAAAAUCGCCUCUCUUAUGGCAUAUUGCCACACAACGCUGUGUUAAAUAAAUGCAACAAUAAUUACCAAAAAAAAUAUGCUGCAAAAUUUUGGGUUAGUAUAUGUUAUGGUACAACGUUUUUCACAAAAGUUUCCUGUAUCUUUCUCUGCGGUUUCAGUUACGUUUCGUAUUGGUGCUCGAGGAAAAGAUUGUCGGACAGGCUAUCAUUCUACAUACAGCACUUAAAUUCACUUAUCUGGUUCUCGUGGGACGUAAAAGAACCCAGACCACUGUUCGAAAAGAGCCCCGGUGGUGUGGCCAACCUUUCCUGGGCUGGGUGGGUUAUCUGUAAGGACACACUUAAAUUGGAGCCCUGCUGUGUUGUGUGUCCUGCACCCAGUAUGGUAGAACUGAUUAAAUAAUGAUUAAAUGAGAAAAAUAACAAACCGCCUCCCCUAUCAUCCCACCUGAAAGCAUUGUACACAGGCUAAAUUAUCAAGGGAGAUGGCCCCUGUAUUAAAGUUUGUACUUACAUAGUUAAUAGAGCCAGAAUAGAACCUGCUUUGGCCUUUUAUUUUACAGUCAAAUCGCAGCAUUUUGCUGAGUUUUUCUCGUGAGUACCUCAAAGGAGAAGGCGACCUGACAAAGCAUCUUUACUUUUUGGGUUAUUCUGUCACACAUUCCCAGGUAAGUUUGAAAUUAAUAUUCUCAAACUGAAAGAACUCUUUCAAUAAUCUCGAACCCAGCGUUGCGAGUUUGUUUAACUCCCGCAUUCCAUCUCACAUUUCUCCUUCAGGAUCAGCGUUUUUCUGACACCCCCGUCACUUUUGUUCAUUUAAAGGUGUACAUGUCGUGAUGGAACACCAUGUUCCGGGUUUGUUGUAACUUCUUUAAUCUCCAAACCAUGAAUGAAGUCAAUGAACAAUAGUUGGCCAUCAAAUCUAAUUUGGCAUUUCUAAGCAUUCCACCGAACGUUACUUGUCAAGUGCAACCUUUCAGUAUUUUCUCGGUACUUCUUUCGUUAAACAUUUUGUUCUUUUUUCUUAUUUAGAGAGCAAUUGACGAGGUUGAUUAUGCAGUGAAAAACAUAGCCAUUGAUCUCAGGGAUGGCUUGCGCUUAACGUAAGUGCCUGAGUUUUCAGUACAACUCAUACGAGCAUCAUUUUCGGGCAAAAAAUUUGCCCGGCAAAUUGUUUCCUGGUUGCCUCUUCUGCAUAUAUUAACACAAUUUUUGCAGCAUGAAAAUUAGCUUAUUUCAUGCAGCAAGGGAGCGGAACUUUGAGCCGUCCCCACGAUCUGUACGCCUGAUGGAACAGGCCAAUGAAAAUUUUUGCACGAGUCAGACUGUGAAUGACAGACAUGAUGUAACAAACGUCUUCCAGCAAACCACUUAUUGUACUUCAAGUUGUUCAAAAAAUGUUUUCAUAUAACUCAACCUUCCUUGAGUCUUCGUAGUUCGAGCUGCAUGUCGUGAAUGUUGCUUUACUGAUUUGAUUUACACAGGCGCGUUGCGGAGCUUUUCACUCAAGACUGGAAGCUUUCAGCAACCCUUCGUGUUCCUGCCAUCUCCAGAUUGCAGGUGAAUGCAUAACAUUAAAAUAAAAUAGCUGGUGGAAUAAAGUUGCAAGAUUUAAAAUGGAAUGGUUUUCAAAUAUUUAUCAACAAAUUCGACGGCUGGAUAAUCUUCCGUCCUUAAUACUAGGCAAACUUGUUCAGUUUUCAGCUUUUUUCUUGUUGUUUCUUACAGAAAAUUCACAACGUCGAUGUUUUCAUGAACGCGUUGAAAACAAGAGGCGUUCUUGGAGGUAAAGUUCUGGACAAGUGAUCUUUUCAUGCAAUUUGCUCUUCUUUUGCUCGCCGUAAAUCCUCGACAACGAACCAUAACCACGAUUCACCAUUGUUUUUUAGGGAAUUUGAUUGAUGCGCGUCAUGUUGUGGAUGGACACAGGGAAAAGACACUUGCUCUUUUGUGGCAGAUUAUCUUUCAUUUUCAAGUAAGUUGUGGUCCAUGUGAUUCAAGUUUACUACGAUACCAGUCGUUCGUAAAAUGUUAGCGUAACUUAAUAACUUAUUGUGUAUCAGUUACUAAUUUUGGUGCACGUCUGACGUGAUAAACAUUAUACUAUACCACCUUCUUACCUUGCUGAAAAACCGCUUGUAUGAACUGCCGAAAAAAAGGGAUGAAAAGAUAUUUACCAGUAACCGAGCCUGAUGAGUCCAAAAUGCGGAAAGUAAAUAAUCAGUCACACUGACUGACUGUCUGACUGCCGGCGGAACAUCGGGUUUAUUUCUAAAUGGUAUGCAAGGCACUGAUGCGUUUUAAUAAAAUUUCAGGAAAAGACUAAUAUUUCCUUUUUAAAAUGACCGGCUUGGCUAGCCAGCCCUGACUUUUGGAAAGCGCUCUAAGAGAGGAUUUUGGCUUUAGUGGUUGUAGUUGUUGUUACCCAGACAGAAUAAAUUGAAUUGAAUUUGGAAACGCGUCUAUACCACUGGAAACUCGAACUAGAAACGAUCAUUAACAGACUGCUUUCUCCUUGUUUUGUUUUUUUCAAAAAAGGUCAAAGUUCUUUUAAAUGAAAAACUUCUUAAAGAGGAAAUAGCUCACUUAGAAAGUACCAGACUUCUCCGCGAUCGGUUGACUGCUGCAGAGAACUGGGACGGGAAUAAUGAUGAUUUCCUGGGUAAACGUCGUGACUCCGCGUCAGACCUGUAUUUCAAGUCAGACAGGCUUCGCUUGCUCUUCAAGUGGUGUAAGAUGGUUUGCAGGAUUUACGGGUUAAAGGUCAGGAACUAAUUAUUACUGUUUUCAAUGUAAAGCACGUUAGAUUUGCCAGUAUAGUUCGUUUGCAUCCGUAAAUGAUCGCAUUAGUGCCUUUCAAAUAAGUGCCCUUCAUCCUUUCUCCAUUAUAGAAAAAAAAUUUGAGUACUAGGGCUUAGAAGACCUUACAGGAAACAGGACUUUGAGAACUACAAUUCAGACAUUAGUGUUUUUGCUAACAGAUACCUUCUAGAUAUCUGUUACAGAUUGUAUUUACUGGAAAUAAAGACAAAGUAAUUUUGUGUCCAAAAUUAGUAAGCACCCGAGGCGCUAAUUCGAGCAUUUACGAUACUUCAUCCAUUCAUCGAUGUAUGUAAUCGUCUUUUCCUGUCGGCCACAGUCUGCUUCAUUUUAGAUGUUUUUCCUUUCUUUUUUUAAUGUCUGACCCAUAGCAUUCUUAUUUUUUAUCCUGACUCUACUAAAAACAUUAAUAAUUUUUUCAUCAUUUUAGAUCGAGAACUUCACGGUUUCAUUCUCAGACGGCCGAGCGCUAUGCUAUCUUCUCCACCAUUACCACCCUUCACUCCUCCCCCUUGAACUAAUCAAAGAGCAAACUAGUUUGACCUGUAAUCCGGGGGUACAUGACACAAGUGACAGCGAGGGGGAGGAAGACGUGCAAGUGAAGUCAUGGACAGCAACUUUUAGCCCAGGUGAAGUGUGAUCAACGAUAACUCAUUUUUGUUGGCCGGCGGUCUAUUUAAAUCGAAACGUUUUAUAUUUACUUUUUUAUUUUUUCUUUCAGGUUCUGGAAAAAACACUCUUUUAGAGGAGCUCAAGAACAACGAACGUGAAAACCUCCGUUUGAUCGCUGAAAAGGUAUAAGUGGUAGUAAACAGUGAGCUUAAGCCGUUAAAUCUGUUAUUUUUUUGGUGAAAAUCGGUUUUUCUUCACCCAUUUGUACUUUGCUUGAGUGCAUUUUUUUGUAGACAGAUUUUAUUUUAAGGAAACAAAGGACUUGUUCUGUAUAAAGUCGUCAAAUCAAACCGGAUUCCUUCCUCAUUACCAAAGGAAUGAAACGUGCUUUGUUCCAUUCUAGGUCAAAGAACUUGGCGGAGUGCCCCUGAUGACAAAAGCUUCGGAUAUGUCGCACACAAUUCCCGACGAAAAGGUACGAUAGUUAAAGAAACUGCUUUUCUUCUUUUCAAUUGUUUGAUAUAACCUUUCCCGCUCUCAAUGGUUGUUUAUUUGUAGGUUGUGAUCACCUAUGUCGCCUAUCUGUGCGCGCGGCUAUUGGAUCUUAGGGAGGAAACUAAGGCUGCGCGUUGCAUACAGAUGGCUUGGAGACGAUUCCGACUUAACAAGCAGUUGGAACGGAAAAAGGUUUGUGUUAUACCUUUAUCCGCGCAAAUAUCCUAAUUGCUGUAUAUUGAUCGGACCCAAAAAGUUGGAGCUCUAAGCGAUACAGGUAGCCAGUGUUAGCUGUGAGGAAAAAAAAGGUAUGAAUAAAUUCACUUUAGGUUUUAUUAUUAUUCUUGAUCAGUCCGUUGCUUGAGAAACUCAAAGGAAGGAGAGGUCCAACGUUAUUGGGAGAUUACUUUCCGCGCCGUUUCAGACUUAAUCAGCAGCGCGAAAAUAAUCUAUGUCGGGAGACUUCCCUUAAGCUGGUAAGGUCUUAAAUGCUCUAGUUACUGAACUACAGGAAGAGCAAUAGCUUGUACGCACUUGCUGUGGCAAUAGGGGUAUAUAUAGACAGGCUAGGAGACGCACGAUGAAAACCACUUUCUCCUCGCUUUGUGUAAUGAAUGUUCAAGCUCUAUUUUUGUUCCUUUCCUUUCAGAACGUCUCCAAGAUUGUUGUUUCUCUUCAGGUAGGUUAAUGUUUAUGAUAAGAUGCCGCUCCAGGAUUUCUCUUUAUCCAUGCAUCACAGACUAAGAGAAGACUCCAGUUUUUCUUAAAGAUAGGAAAUGGAGAAAAAUAAGUAGAGCAUUGUCUCCCUGGUGGCUUAGGUGUAGCGACUACUCCCUUAUGUCUGUUCCCUCGCGCAAUCCGUGUUUGUUAGGACAUGCACUUUCCAUUACUCUCACAACUACUUAAUUCAUUUUUCUUUUUGUUGUUGAAUUCUUCUCUUUCAGGCACGUGCUAGAGCUGCGUUAGCACGCCGUAGAUUUCGAGCCAUGAAACAAUCCGCUGUCGUUAUUCAGUCUGUUUACCGUAGUUACAUGGUUCGUAAACAGCUUCGCGUUCGCCACCAGGCCGCCCAGUGUAUUCAGACUCACUACCUGGCGUUAAAGAAAGGACGAGAGGUCUUGAGCUGGUACGCAAACCUUCGACAGACGGUUGUGCGACUUCAAACAAUUGUCUUGGCCAAUCAGAGGAAGAUGCGUGUUAAAAGAAAUUUGGCCGCUACAGUGAUACAGGCUACUUGGAGAGGAUACACUGUGCGAAGAUGGCUUGACGAGCAGUGUGCCGCUUGUGUUAAGAUUCAAGCACUGGUCAGAAGUGUCUUGGAACAGAGAAGGUUUUUACAGGUUAAAAACGCUACUGUGUUGAUCCAAAAGACCUACAGAGCGACAUUGUUGGGAAGAAAAGAAAGGCAGCGCUUCCUUCAUCUCAGGAAAUGCGCGGUUACACUACAGUCGUGCUACCGAGGCCAGCGUGAUCGACGGCUCGUGAAGCAAAUUCGUGCGGCUGUCAAGAUUCAAAGCCUCGUUCGUGCGUGGCGAAUGCACUCGAAGUUUCUACGUCUCAAACGAGUUACUACCAAAAUACAAGCUUGCGCUAGAAGGCAUCAAGCACAGAGGAGGUUUGCCGAGGUGAAAGAAGCUGUGCGAGUUCUACAGGUCUAUUUCAGAGCUUUUCUUCUAGGCCGACGGCAGAAGAUAGAGCACGAUACUCAGAGGGCCGCCUGUGUCAAGAUUCAGUCAUUAGUGAGAUGUCAGAUUGAAAGAAGAGUUUUCUUACAAAAGAGACAAGCGGCGGUCAGAUUGCAGUCCUUUACUAGAAUGUCUCUGGCGCGGAAGGGAUACCAGAGACUUUACACAGCCACGUUGUUGAUUCAGAGAAGGUUUAAGGAAUUGCUUUGCGCGAGAAACGCUCAGAGAAACUUUCAACUCAUGAAACUAUCCGCUAUAAAGAUCCAGUCGUGUUAUCGAGGCUACACAUGUCGUGAGCAGUUUACACUAGUUAAACAGGCCACCAUUAGGAUUCAAUCCCAUGUGCGUUGUUUCCUAAGCAGAAAAAAGUUCUUGGCUUUAAAACGUGUUUCAAUUAUCAUCCAAACUCGCUAUCGUGCCUUGCUGCUUGGGCGUCAACAGAGGCAGAAAUAUCAACACACCCAUCAUGCCAUUGUUCGACUACAGGCAAUUGUCAGAGGGAGGCUUGCGCGUGAAAAUCUACUCAAGCAGCAAAGAUCAGCAGUAGUGAUUCAAGCGAAGUACCGGCAGUACUCCGCUGGAAAAAGAUAUCGUCAGCUGAAGAGCUCAACCGUGGCGAUGCAGCGGCGUUUUCGCUCCGUCUUGCUGACGCGUGAACACGUUUCGCGUUACCAGCAGAUGCGAACAUCCGCCCAGUUUAUUCAAGCGUGCUACAGAGGGCAUCUCGCAAGAAAGUUCUACAAGAUGCUAAAAGCUACAGUUGUGUUGCAGUCUGCAGUUCGUGGUUGGCGAGUAAGAAAGGAUAUUAAACAGCAGAAUAUGGCUGCAUUAGCGAUCCAGGGAUUCUAUAGACGUCAUGUGUACCGUAAGAAGUACCUGGCAAUAAGAAAGGCUGCUAUUGUUUUGCAGAAUCAGUAUCGUCUGGUUUCUUUGGGACGUAAAACCCGCUGUGAUUUCCAGCGAGUUAGGCAUGCGGCGAUAAAAAUCCAGUCAUCAUUUCGUGGCUACCAAGUAAGGAAGCAAGUUCUACUUCUCACAAGUGCGAAGAAAAUACAGGCAGUUUAUCGAGGUUAUGUCGCUCGAAAAUCCUACAACAUUUCUCGCAAUUCCAUCAUUAUAGCUCAGGGAGUUGUACGUGGUCAUUUGGCGCGGAAACAUUACUCCAGUCUCAGGAAUGCCAGUAUUAUGCUCCAGAGACGGUACCGUGCCCGCGUGAUUGGCAUGCAGCAGUACUUACACUAUCACGUGCAACGUGGUGCAUGCAUUCUCUUACAAGCAGCCGUGCGUGGUUACCUGUAUCGUAAACGGUACCAAGAGAUGAGAAACGCUGUAAUAAUCCUUCAACAGAGGUACAGGGCUAUGGCUGCGUGCAGAAAUCAGCAUACCCGCUUCCUAGCUAUGAAAACCGCUGCCAUCUGUAUCCAGGCCUGUGUGCGUGGUUGGAUUGACCGAAAACGGGUAACCGAACUAAGAGCGGUGCGCGUUAUUCAGGCUACGUUCAGGAUGUACAAAGUCAGGAAGGAGUACCUCGCCUUGAGGAGAGCUGUGGUGCAAAUACAGGCUCAAACACGCAUGAUCCAACAGCGACGACAAUUCAACAGUCUCAAGAAGGCGGCGCUUGUUGUCCAGCGGAGGUUCAGAGCGACUGUCCUUUGCAAGCAUGACCAGUUAGUGUAUCACUUCAUCCGGGGUGCGGUUAUUACAAUUCAAAUGGUUUUCAGAGGAUACUUGGUGCGAAAGAGACUGAGUAGAAUGAAUGAGGCCGCUGUUAAGAUUCAAGCUUACACUCGUAGGCUCCUAGCGAGGAAGAAAUAUCAAGCUACCAAGAAAGCUACACUCGUUUUACAACUAAGAUGCCGUGCCUGGUUGCUUGGGCGAGCGGUGGCCCGUAACUACAAUGCAUGGAAGUCUGCUGCGCUUGUAAUCCAAGCGAGUUAUCGAAGGUACAAGAAACGCAUGGAAAUGAAACGCAAUCGAGCAGCUACCAAAAUCCAAUGCGCUUUCCGCCGUCACACUUGUCGCUUUAAAUUUCUGUCCCAGAAAUCUGCUGCGGUCGUCAUCCAGGCAGCUUUUAGGUGUUAUGUUACUCGACGAUUCUAUCUAAAUCUGCGCUGCGCCUCAACAGUUAUUCAGCAACGGUACCGAGCAGUCAAAAAGAUGAAGGACUUGCGUCAACAUUAUAUUGCACAGCGAAAAGCUUUUAUAGCGCUGCAGGCCAGAGUUAAGGGGUGGCUUUGUAGACGACAGUAUAACUCGAUCAGGGUAGCGGCCAUCGCUAUUCAGACGCGCCAUCGAGCUUGCAUCAAGGCCCGUGAACAGAGAAAAGACUUCUUGAAGCUAAAGAAUGCUACUAUCAUUUUGCAAUCUUGCUGGAGAAUGGUAUCGGCACGCAGAAACUAUAAAAAACUCAGAGACGCAGUGAUUAGAAUACAAUCAGUGGUACGCAUGAGGAAGCAAGCAGUGUUUUACGAAAAACUCAGGAAUGCCACCUUGACGUUGCAGAAGAGAUGCAGAGCCAAUCAACUCUGCAAACAACAGCUUGAGCGCUACCAAACCAUGCGUAAAAGCGCUAUUAUAAUACAGUCACGGUUCCGUGGCUUCAAAGCAAGAAAAUGCGUUCAAAAGAUGGUAGCUGAGAAGAAGAGACGUCAACAAGCAGCAUUCAAGAUUCAGCGGUAUUAUCGAGGAUAUUGCCUUAUGAAGGAAACCUACUUUGCCUAUCACGUGACACGCGGCGCAAUUAUUACCUUGCAGGCGGCAUGCCGCAUGUAUGCAGCACGAAAAUUCGUCCGCAAGCUUCGAGCUGUUAUCACGAUGCAGGCUGUAUGCCGUGGGAAAAUUCAGCGGCAGAAGUUCCUGACGGUGAGAAAAAGGAUUUGCAAAGUUCAAGCCACAGUACGUCGCAAUCAAGCCAGAACAAGACUUGAGAGAACGCGAAAAGCGGUUGUUGCAAUUCAGCAGUGGUACAGAGCUCAAAUAGCCAUGAAGAAAACCUAUAAAGAGUAUCAUGAUCUCAGGGAUGCUACAGUCUUGAUCCAGUCUCAUUUCAGACGUCACAGUCAGCGAGAGGCUUACCUUUAUGAAAGGCAAAUGGUAGUCCUUACACAAUCUCUGUUGCGGAUGCGUCUCGAAAGGAAUAGAUUUCUUCAAAAGCGUUCGGCGGCCAUCGUAAUUCAACGUCACUAUCGCUUGUGGAUCUUUGGGAAGGAGGUUCGCCAUAGAUACCUGAAGAUGCUUUCGGCAAUUAUCACGAUGCAGGUAUUACUAAAAUGCUAUGUCUUUCUCGGGAUAUGUGGAUACGAGUCUGUUUAAUCGUAGUAACCCUUACAAAAUUAUGCGUUGAGGUCUCGCAAACAGAUAUUUUCGUUAACACUCUCCAGAGUGUAAACGUUCCUAAAAGGGUUACCAUCGUUCCCCUGAGGAAGGACUUCAACGCGCAAAUUUGUAUGUGUUACAGGCCUUAAUGAUUCGCGUGGGCAUAAUCUAAGGGCGUUUACCAUGAAUCAUAACUGACUGGUCAGACCAGUACAGUCGCAAAGAGAAUAAUAUCACAUUAAUCAGAAAGCAUCCAAUCAGCUCAGUCUAUUCCUUAUUAUUAGCGAAAAUUCUUGUAAAAGCCUUAUUUCAUUUCCAAAAUGACUAGAAAGGUCCAGCCGGCGAUUCAUGACUUUUUGUAAAGUGCCCUUAAACUAAACUGGUUUUGAGAAGAAAAGGACGUAGGUUGUCGUCAGCUUUUGAGUGAUCCUCUAAAAUAAUUUCUUUCUUUUUUCAAACUUUCACACGUGUUAGGAUAAAAAACAUUGGAUAACUUCAAUACUGGUAUCCAAUCUUAGCUUGUUUCAGGCCGGUCCAUUUUUGCUAGGGAAAAAACGACUUCGUUAUAAGUCAUUAUAGUCAUUCUUCUUGGCGUCUCGACGUUAGGUGAACGGUACUUGGGUUCCUCUGAAGUCUUUUCUUUUCUUUGUUUUCUCUUGUACUUAAAAGAGCUUUUUCCGAGGUUGGAAAACAAGACGUGAAUUUACCAGACUAAAAUCCGCCAUACUCAUCCAAUCCAACAUUCGAGGAUGGAUGGAGAGACGAAAAUAUCACUACACAAGACAGCUCGUCAUCGGCUUGCAGGCUACAACAAGAGCGUGGCUUUGUCAGAAAAAUUAUCGUCAACUCAAAGACGCUACGGUUCUUCUUCAAAGAAGAGUUCGCGGAAAAAACGCUGCUAGAAAGGCCAGGCAAGAAUAUCUGGAAACAAAGCGCGCAGCCGUUGCACUUCAGGCCUUUUAUCGCGGAUGGCAGGUUCGCCGUAACGUUAUUAAGCUUAAAGCAGUGAUUCUGAUCCAGUGUUGGUUCCGCGCCACUGCUGCAGCAAGAAAGGCUAGGGAAGAAUACAAAGCGCUCAAAGAGGCUUCCCUUGUUUUGCAAGCCGCUUACCGCGGAUACUGUGGGCGGAUGUUCACUCGUCAUCUACGUGCAGCUCGCACUAUCCAGGCUGUGGUCAGAGGAUUCCUCAUCAGAAGAAGGAUUAGAGUAAGAAUUAAAUCUGCGUAGUGUGGGGAUGUGAUUAUACCUCACUGACUUGUGUUAAGUGGCUCAGUUGAAUUCGGCUGCUUGGAAUCUUUCAUAAACAAGUUAAAAUAAACUACCUUUUCUGGGCUUUCUAAACCCUAGAUGUCGUGCAGCAGUUGCUUAGCGCCUUUUAAUAUUCGAUCUUUCACAAGGAUUUAUACCACAGAAAAUAAUAGGUUUGCCUUUCACGGAAACAUGCAUCAAACAUAAGAUGACAUCGGUCCUUCUCAUGGUUGCCACAGAUAAGUCCGAGAAAAUUUGCAUUAAAAAAACAUAAAAACAAAACAAAAAACAGGGAAAUUGAAAACACGGAUCUGUUUUUCAGCCAAAAAGUCGCGUCACUGUACGUCGUGUUUUGUUGGAAUUUUAUUGAAAAGCAAUUUUCUUUACUGAACUGGUCGUAGAAAUAACACAAGUGCUGUUUCUGAGCCAUGUAUUUGCACUAAUAGCUAAAAAAAACCCAAUGAUUUUUUCCUUCCUAGCGACAAAAAGAAAAGCGUCUGAUUCAGUUGAAACAGUUUGCUUCAGCUGUGUACCAUCAUAUGAGUGCCAUGAAAAUCCAGCGGUGUUACCGCAGAUCACGCGCUAUGGCUUUGGCAAAGGCCCGAAUGGAUUCUGUGCUUCUUAUACAGGUAUAGACUUGAUAUACGUGUCACAUUGUAUGUUUGUUUCUGCUUUUUAAUUAGUGAAUUACACAAAAUUUCCUUAGCAUGAUGAGUUUAUAAACUGAGGGUAUCUUGUCAUUUGCUGGGUUGGUAAAAUUAGGUUCUUUCGUAAUGGUGUGGUCCAAUAAAUCUUUUCUUCUUUGGGCCAAGUUUUUUCCAUUGUCUUUCCAACAAUUGAAUUAGAACUCUUCAAAUUUAUCUUUCCACGACGGAAGUUUGUUAGGGUUAUUAAGGUAAAACUCUGGAUAGAUAUCUCACUGCCUAUUCAGUUGAAAAACUCUCCUGUGUAAACACUCAGCGACCGAACUUGAUUUUAAGGGAGAAAGAUCUGCUACAAAGCGAAGUCAAAUCAGGUGAGAGUCGAAGGAGUGGUAAAAAUACAUCACCUCAACGAUAUCCUUUGCAUAUUUUGCAAGCUUCCCAAAACUUAAGUGAAUGAACUCUUCUACUUUCCAAUCAGAAUUUCCAGUUUCCUGUGUAAAUGGUAUACGGUAGCCUCGGUGACUUUCUGUUCUGAGAUUGUGACGUCAUCCGACCUUGAAUUUGAGCUCUCAGCGUUGUUUUAAGGCGCUGACUGCGUCGACCACCGAGUCAACUUGCUUUCUUAGUACUGUAUAACUAUAAUGGGUCGACAUUCUCUCUAUAAAUUUUAAACGUUGAUUGUGUUCUAUCCAAACAGUAUUGGUGGCACGGUGUUAUGGAACGAAAGCGAUUUGUUAAGCUCCGCGCAACUGCUGUCUUCCUCCAAAGAGCAGCUCGAAGGAUACUGGAAACGAAAAAUAGAAAUGCUGCGAAGAUCCAGGCCCUAGUCCGAGGUGCUAUAACCAGGAAACGCAUGAAAAAGAUCCAUCAGUCUGCGCUACAAAUUCAGGUGAGUGGGGAACAGGGUUUGGUUAUAAGUCCCGAAACUCUCCUUCUUAUGAUGAUGUGAUCGUAUUUUUGAGAUGUGUCAGUGAUUUAAUAUCGCGCAAUAACAAUAGACCGGCUAAGAAGAUUUGAAUUCUCUGGAAAUGUGCAAUACAUUAUUUUGCAGAUCCAAAGAAGCUAACGACCGAAAUUGACCGAUAGAUAGUAUGAUUGAGUAUGCACCGAAAAGCUUGAUUGGCUAUAAUUCAGUGGGAACUGUUACGUAUUCCCUUGGCAGGUGAAAUAAAAAGUAUGAAAAAAAUCGCCCGUUCCUUCGGUCGAGUGCAGAGGCGAUAAGCACGAAAAUAAAGGGAGUCAUUAACUUAACUGAAAUUGUUGUUUAUCUUCCUCGUCUUUUAUGUUGCUUAUUUUGUAAAUCAUAUUCAGGUUGCGCGCACAAGUGUCGCAGAUAAAAAUGACAAAGUCUUACUGCACUUUUCAAAAACACGUUCUGAAGUUCAAAAGCCGCCUUCAUAAUUUCGUUUUUCGCUACCGUCAAUCAUAGUUACGAUCUCAACCAGUGAACCUUGAAACACAUAAACACACAAAACGGAUUUAAAUCCACAAAUCACAAACCAUGACUUUUUGAACCCGUUGAAUUAAACUUUGUUUACUAAGAGGUCCGCUAGGAUAAUUGACGGCGGUGGAGAACGCAAAAGUCUGUUGGCUUUUGUACUUCUGAAUUCGCGUGGUUUUGAAAAGCGCAGUAAAAAUGUCUUUUCGGAUCUCUAGGCCUUCUGGCGUGGUUACCGAAUCAGAGUGGAAGUGUCCUCUCUCAAGGUAAAAAGAGCGCGAAAGCGCAUCAAGUCUGCCAAUGCUGCAGCAACGGAGUCUAUGAAGCUUUGUAACCGCACAAGAUCUGCUCUGGACUUUCUGCUUCAAUGUAAGAAUAUCAGCAGGAUUGUGGGGUCGCUGGUUAAUCUCGGUGAGUGAACUCUAAUAUAGCGCUUUGUUCCUCUAGACUUAAAUUCACUCCAAAUGUACGAUUGCGCUAAGACUAGUAUUCCUGGAAACAUAUAGCCCGCAUUUGGAUACCACAAAAAAACGGCAAGCGGUCGCGUGUCGUGAAGGGAGUCGAAAAACUGGAAGGUAGCAAGUAACGUGAAGUGAAUGUAAUAUUAAUUUUAUUACUUCUAAUAAUAAUAGUCCUUUUAAUCCGAAUUUGAUGCUACAUCGGGAAACGAACAAAAAGUAGGUGAGCAGUUCUCAUAAAAGAAAAAGUUACACCACUGGUAAAUGUUGUUUCACAGUGAGAGAAACUGGGGAACUUCUCUUCAUGUGAAACUACAAAAAUGAGGAAUACGAAGGCUUGUAUAAUUAUUCUGUCGUUUCUAAGAGAACUGUAAGUUUUCAAGUUGAACUGUUCUGUUCAAUGAAUGCAUCGCUAAAGUGAACUUUAUUUUCGCCCUCAGAGGUCGUUACUCGUCUAUCUGAGGUUUGCUGUCAACAGGUUGUUGAUGACGGAGCGCUCCCUGUUAUUUUUAAAGUUCUCAAGAAAUGUAAUCGUAGUCUGCCACACUUGGAAGUCAUCAAGUAUUCGGUGUUAAUACUCUACAAUGUUGUAAAGGUAGGAAAAUUUGUCUUUGUCAUGUUGAGUUAUUUCCUCUCUUCACACUGCACAAUACUGGAAUAAAAAAAAUGUCUUCAAACCAGCUCCCAUUUGUUAUAGAGGUUCUUGCUUCUCGCGGAUAUUUUACUUUGACGUGGAUUAGCUCUCUUCCCAUUCGUUGACGUAGUUGAAAUGGUAAAGAAAAAAAUGUUUCCACCUACGUAUGUUUUACGAAUGUAAAUGGUGGGGAUCACACCAAUGAUUAGAGAGAGACCAUGACUUCCUCUUUAAUUUCUUCCCGUGCGCCGAGAUUGGUCAAGGCAAACAAAAAAGAAGUGCCACAAUGCGUCAGAAUUGUAUUAUCAAUAGAGAUAUUAUCAAAAGGUUGGAUCUUGAUAAGUAAGGUCGUUAGUUCGGGGUGGAAAUUGACUCACCUUAAUUAUUUUUUUUGUUAAUUAAUAUAUUUAUUUAUGAUUUCUUUAGUAUCCAUCCCUGUACCGUGCCGUUUAUGAGGAACAGGAUUCUAUCGACACUCUGGUUCAUUUGCUGGUGAAUCUCAGGGACAAGAGUUUCAUUUUCUCCAAAACCUGCUGCCUUCUCGUCGUACUUUGCAGCUACUCGUCCAUUGUCCAGGACAUUCGCAACAUGCAGAAAAUUACUGAAGACAUUAAAGGUGUAUACAGCAUAACUGAACGAAACCACAAACUCGAAACAAAGAGGAACAUGAUCAGAUCCAAAGUAGACAAGACCAUGAACCAGUUACCCCCACCAACUCCUUGUAAACACACUCCGUUCAAGGGAAAGAAAUCCCAUAAGGUCAAAUGGCAGAAUCGACUGGACCUAGUGCAGGAUCCUUUGGAAGCUGUGAGACUACUCGUGCGGAAACUGGAUCUAGUUAAGACUGAUGAAUGACGACAUCAUUAGAAGUUACAUACGUUAGUGAUCGUUACUUGAAUGGACAGCUUUAAAUAUUCUUCGUUCAUUAUUAUCUUCUACAAGGUAUUAUUUUCAGUUUUAACUUCUUACAAACACCGUCUGUUUUACUUCAUAUUCGAACAUGAAAGAUGGUGAUGUAUAUACGCAAAGGAAAACAGUUUUAUUAAGAAUUUUUGUCAUUUUCUCAAAACGCGGAAGGUAUUUAGUGUAGAUAAGAACAAGAGCAAGUUGUAAUGGCCGUGAGAAAUUACUCUAAAUGACCUCCUCAAGUACUGUGAAAUAGUCAAACACGGAAAAAGUCUCGUAAAAUAUUGUAUAUCCGUAUUGUUUUUAGCAUUUAACGUCAAAAAAGGCCCUUUUACUGAGGUCGGUUCUUUCAACUGCAACCACAGCAAUCCACCAUGUAGCAUAAUUUUAGUUAGAAAAAGAUAUUCCAAGACAGGACGUGCAUAAACCGUUCGUGUACAGUACAAACCAAAGGGAAAGUAAAUUUUAAGACAGAAU